AUGGCGGCGGCCGCGCUGAGGCGCCCGGCGGAGGACAGUGUGACCUUUCGUGAUGUUGCUGUGCACUUCUCAUGGGAGGAGUGGCGCCUCAUCAGUGAGGCUCAGAGACAACUGUACCUGCAUGUGAUGCUGGAGAACUUUGCACUUAUAUCCUCUCUGGGUUGCUGCUGUGGAACAGAGGAUGUGAAAGCACCCACUGAACAGAGCAUUUCUGUAAGUGUGUCACCUACAGGGAGUUCUAAGGGAGCUUCAUCUUUGCAGAAGACCCACCCCUGUGAGAGUUGUCGGCCAAUCUUGAGAGACAUUUUCCUCUUGGUUGAGCAGCAGGGAACACAACACAGCCAGAAACUGCUGAGGUGUGGGGCAUGUGCAAAGCCAUUUUAUUUCAGUGUAAAGUGUGACCAACAACAGGAGCAGCCCAUGAGAGAGAAACCCUUCAGAAGUACUGUGCACACAGCCUCACGUGUGAAGAGCUGCGGAAACCACCAGUCAGGGAACCCCUUUACCUGUGGGGAGGUUGAGAAGGACUUCCUGGCUAGCCUGGGACAUAAGCAGCAACAGGCCACUCAAAUUAGGGAGGAGUCAAACAAAAUCACCCAGUUUACAACUUCACAAAGCAGGAAAUGUGAUUAUACUUGGGAAGAAUGCAAGAAAGCUUUCAGCUCCAUAUUCACACUUGUUCAGGACCAGCGUGUUCACACUGAAAGACAGUGUUUUAUGUGCCUUGAAUGUGGGGAAGCAUUCAAGUAUACAUCUUUAUUCGUUGCCCACCUGAAUGUCCACACUCAAGAAAGGCUUCAUGUGUGUUGUGAAUGUGGAAAAUCCUUUAGGAGAAGCUCAACUCUCAGUGAAUAUCAGGGAAUUCCAACUUGGGAAAAACAGCCCAGGUGCAGCAAAUGUGGGAAAUUUUUAAGCCACAGAUCAGCUUUAAUUUAUUCCCAGAGAGGGCUCGAUGGAAACAAGUUUGUGUGCCAUAAAUGUGUGAAAUCUUUGAGUCAUAGUUCAGUGUGCAUUCAACCUGGACAAAGGCCUUACAGGUGUAGUGACUGUAUAAAAUCUUUUACCUCCAACUCUGCCCUUAGUUAUCAUCAGAGAUCUCACAAAGGUGAAAAGCCUUAUGAAUGCAGUGAAUGUGGGAAAUCUUUUACCAGGAUUUACAACUUUCAUUGUCAUCAGAGAUCUCACAGAGAAAAACCUUAUGAAUGCAGUGAAUGUGGGAAAUCUUUUACCAGGAUUUACAACUUUCAUAGUCAUCAAAGAUCUCACAGAGAAAAGCCUUAUGAAUGCAGUGAAUGUGGGAAAUCUUUUACCAGGAUUUACAGCUUUCAUUGUCAUCAGAGAGUUCACACUGGAGAAAGGCCUUAUGAGUGUUAUGAAUGUGGGAAAUUCUUUAAGCAAUCAUCUCACCUCUCAAGACACCAGAGAAUUCAUAAUAGAAAGCAUCCUUAG